AUGUCCGAGUUCACAUCUCAGGGAGAGGAUAAUGGCAACGCCAUGGUCAGCAAAGUGGACGGCGUUGUCAGAAAAGCCAGCAAUACCGUCACAGGAGCUACGACGACGCGAGGCUCAGACACAGAUUCGAUCGAUAGUAAACCGCCGAUAGCAAUGAAGGGGAAACAACCAGAUAAACACAGUAUGGACUAUGUCCUCCGCUCUUUUAUUGCGGGAGGUCUCGCAGGGUGUGCUGCCAAGACUAUCGUCGCUCCUCUCGAUCGAGUCAAAAUUCUUUUCCAGACAGGCAAUCCGCAAUUCGCAAAAUAUCAGGGUUCGUGGGCCGGCUUCGGGAUAGCGAUACGCGACAUAUAUGCGCGCGAAGGAGUUCAAGGGCUAUUUCGUGGACAUUCGGCGACACUCCUGAAGAUAUAUCCUUACGCUGCCGUGAAAUUUGUUGCUUACGAGCAAUAUCGUGCCUUGCUUAUCGGCUCAAACCGAAAAAAUGAAACCUGGUUACGGCGGUUCGCAUCCGGUGCUAUGGCCGGCGUUACAUCAGUCUUUCUCACAUAUCCUUUGGAGAUUCUUCGAGUGCGGAUGGCGUUUGAAACGAAGGCUACACGACCGUCACUGAUAGAGAUAUGCAAAAAGAUUUAUCAUGAGCACCCUGUAUCGGAGCCGCCUCCUGUGAACACGAAGCCCGGGUCAGGUAUCACCGGGAGUGUGGCUGCAGUCACGGCAGCAACGGCGCAGUCCAUAACCCCUCGCUCUGGGCUGAUUAACUUCUACAGAGGGUUUUCUACGACUCUCCUAGGCAUGGUACCAUACGCCGGUGUGUCCUUUUUAACUCACGACACCGUGAGCGAUCUCUUCCGCCUACCGUCAAUUCGGAAAUAUACUACUCUGCCCAAGCCUCCCAAUGCUCCGCCCGAUAAGCCUGCGCCGCUUCAAGCUUGGGCUGAAUUAAUAGCCGGAGGAGUCUCCGGUGUUGUAUCACAAACCGUGUCUUACCCAUUGGAGGUCAUCAGGCGGCGACAGCAAGUUAGCGGGGCCGUGGGAGAUGGUCGGCGAUUACGAAUAGGCCAAACAGCGAGUAUGAUCUUUAGAGAACGAGGGAUUUCUGGGUUUUUCGUCGGAUUAUCGAUUGGUUAUGUGAAAGUGUUACCUAUGGGUGCUGUGAGUUUCUACACGUGGGAGCGGUUAAAGAUACUGUUCAACAUCUAG